GUCUAAUAAGCCCACCAUCGAUUUACCUGAAGGAGUCGCCGCCACUUCAACAGAAGAUGACAGCUGCUCGUUGUCAGCAUCCCCCACGUCGUCAAUGGAGAUAGCAGACACGCCUGAGAGUUCUAAAGGGAGUGGUGUGACUAGAGGAGUACCGCAACAAUCUCGUCCGCCGCUUCCUCGUACGAUGCAUAACGCGUCACCGCCCUCAAUACGGCACAGACGCACGACGUCCAGCGGAGUUCUCAGGAGAGUAUCUUAUAAAGGGGAAGGGAACGAUGAUGAGAAUGAACAGGAAAUUUCAAAGGUCUAUGAUAUACCACUAUCGAAUAAGGGUGCUCCUGAAGCAGUUGAUCGAUUUGGGAUACCUUUCGCUGAGCAUCACCUCAAGGGUCAAGGAAAUGUUGGACAUUUGGGAUUUCAGACCGGAGUGCCACCGAUUGUCGUCCAAAGAAGCAACCGCGCGCGCCCGCCAUUACAUCCGACCACGUCACGGAAGAGCAGUACUGGGGUAUCGGCUAAUAAUCAGAAAAGGACUGUUGUGACGUUGACUGAUCCCCUUCAUGAUUUGCGGCAAAUUCCGGGUGGAGACGAACAGACGCGAAAAGUGUAUGUCGCGAAAGCUGAUGAGGAGCGUGAUAAUCGAGUUGAGGAAGAGAAGAAGGCUGUAGACUCUUUGGACCCUCCGCUGAAGGCGUGGCCGAUCACAUCGUUUCUGGUUUUCCGUAUUCCUGGUGCUGCAAUUUACCUCAUAAUAUGUGCAGCUCUAGCGGCUACUAUUUACACGUGGUCGUUGGCAUGGAUUAAAUCGGAAGAUACAUUCCCGCUUUUCCAGUGCCCGAGUUCAUCUGUGAUCGAACAUGAUGUUAACGUCGAUGGUACAUAUUGCCAAUUGACCUUCUCGUUUGAUAACAUCACUAAUUACAGAGCAGCUGCUGUGGGCUUUCAAAAGGACAAUGGAGUCGGCUCGACUUGCUGGAUACCAUCACGGUAUCAAUAUGAAGAUUGUGGACCGGGACAUCUCUGCUAUGUGCGAUGCAACGCGCCUGUGUCGUGUACGUUGGCUUUGAAUGGCCCGUCGGGUCAGCCGUCACCAAAACCGUUUGGUGGCAACUCUUCAUGUGCUAAAACGGUGAAGUGGGGAGCGGAUGAGAACGAUUAUAUAGACCGUGGAUGUACGCAGACAAUUUACCUUCAACAAGAUCAGGCUACCACGGUGCCUCAAACGGCUAUCGCAGUUCAACCGUACUGCGAUCUUGGCAGUACCGUCUCGCCCGCAGACAUCAUCGGCAUCAGAGGAAUUUUCUUGGGCGCUCUUUUGCCUGGAAAUGGCGCUUGUACGUGGGAUGUGGACGGCAGGAGAAAUCUGGUCCGGUGUUUAUCGCGUCUUUUGGAGAUCGGCCUACCCGCGCGGCAAAUAUUUGUGGUGGAUUGUGGAUCUGCGUUGACUCCUGUGGAUGAUACGUGGAGAGUGAUUCACACCGUGGUUUCGCCUGAUAUCAACUACAGCUACUUACCUGAGAAUAAUAGGAUUCUUGGAGCUUACUGGGCCAAUAAAAUUUGGAUACCAUACGCUGGGAAAAAGACGACAAUGGGAAGCGGUGGUGGUGGUGAGUUGAAAUCUGGUAACUCUGGUGUAUUUGAACCGAAGUCGAAUGGCGGUAUAAAUUCCACAUUUCGCUACGCCCUGAUGAUCGAUGAUAUCGAGACGGUUCUUCCCAGCACUUUCGAUUUACAUUCAUUGAAUCUUGAAGAAACGAGACCGGCAGCAGUUCAUUUUCCUGUUACCAUCGAUCCGAGAAAUAGACCGUCACAAGAUUUGGCGAAGUUCGCGGAUAUGCAGUUAUUAUACCAGUUGACUUUGAUACGAUUUCAAUCGCAAUUUUUCGGGGCGGUUUUGUCUACGCAGAGAGGAGUCAGUUUAUGGCAUAGAGGAACAUUGGAUAAGGUUUUGUAUGAACACGGGACGGAGCCGUUCAGUGUGAGUAAUCUAUAUGCUGGAUUGUUGAUGUUACGGCAACGUGAUGAGGAUACUAUCGAGUUGGCUGAGGAACUGGCGCCGCAGACUUUUGGAAAAUCACCAUAUGUUUGGAAAGGUGCGGGUCCUCAUGGAAAUAGCGGGGAUCAUCACCAUGCAGAGCGACAGCUUUCAGAGGAGAUGGAACCUGGGUCUUCCGAUGGACGGCGUGGCGGCUUAACCGACGGAGAAAUAUCGACUCCGCAUCAUAUUGGAGGGCAUCGGACACGAGUUGUUCAUACGCCUACUGGUCACUCCCCAGUGGUGGAUCCACGGGUACCUCCUCCAUUGGUGCAGAGAAGUCCUCGAAGUAGGCCGCCUUUGCACCCCAGCACACCACGUAGGAGUAGACCGGGGAUGCUGGGUAGCAGCCCUAGAAGUUGGGCGCAGAGUGGUGGAGAGGCGAGGUCGCAGUUGCCGUCGAGCACAGCUAGUAGCAGUGAGAGAGGUCAGCAGAUGGUUGAUGAAGAGAAGGGGAAGGAAGCGGUUGAGGUGGUUGAGGAUGCGGCGGCGGGUGGUGUGGUGGAGGCCAAUACGGGUGGCGAGAAUGGCGCCUCGGACGAGUCUUUUUACGAUGGAGAGUAUCUGGGUGCGGGGCCGAUCGAGCAGGGAGGCAAUCAGCCGCCGAGAUUUAGAGCUGACACUUUCAAAUCAGAUGGAGGAGAGUCAGAUUUCAAUUCGGACGCGGAGGGGAGUGCAGCGGGUGAUGGGGAGAUCGGUGGAAGAGGGCGGCUGGUUGGCAAGGGUGGAGUGCCGGUUUCAACGGAUAGGAGUUUUGGUGCUAUUCUCAAGCAGGAGCGACAGUACCUGAGAGCUCGUACGCCUCCCCCUUUCCUUUCCCCCUUGCCUGAGAUUGUCCGCGUGUUGGGUGCGAUAAUUGCAUUAGUGCUCGCGGUGGGGGUGGCGGUUACUAUUAUGGUUGGCUCGUUCGGCUGGAUUCACGCAGCGUACCGUCGGCGAGUACAGGCCAGCUGGACGGAGCAGGCGAAUCGAGAACAUAGACGAUUGCUUGAGAAGCAAGCUGAAGAACAACACAGCGAUACUGAUUCUGUGAAAUCACCACAGUCUGUGUUCUCGGUCGACGUGGAUUCGCCCUCGGGUUUGCGGAGUAAUGUUCACAUGGCGUUCGAGCAUGGGAAUCUGCAGGACCUUGCUGGUGGUUUGGUGAAGACGGUGGAUGAGGAGGGUAAUCCGAUUCAUCCCUAUGCUCGCUUCCAAAGCAAGGAGUGGCGAGCUAGAGUGUCGGUGGCGUUGCUGGAGAUACAAUAUCGAGCGAAGACCGCAUUGAGGAGAGGUGUAUUUUAUUGGGCAUUAACUCUCAUUUUAUCGUGGCUUCUAUUGUUUCUCUGUUGCCUUCUGGUUGUCGCAGUCUUUCCCGAUCAAGUUUAUCCGAAUUCUGGAAAGUUGGACCUAUGGGAUUAUAUAAGGAACGGAGCUGAUGGAGAAUCGGUGCCUGCGGUAGCGGUCAUCGACUGGCUUGUUCUUCUCGAUGGUCUCAUCCUCACUAUUCUAGCCUUCUUGCCAGCCCUGCUGAGCUCAUGUUGGCCACCUCUUCCAGUGUCGAGGAAGGGUCGGGAAGGACGUAGUGUUUCUGAGAGCGUAAAUGCUGCUGUUGCUGGUGGCGUGCCGAUGGGCGUUUUGGGGGAGGGGAAUGAACAGAGUGGCGAAUUGGUUACAGACGUUUGUGUGAUCGUUGCGAUGCGCAGUGGAUGCUGUACGGAUCCUGUGAAGCGCGGUCGAGUGCGAAAGAUACUCAGGAGAUGCACAACGUUGCUCCCCCCGAAAGUCCAUGGUUGCAGUCCAAUAUUCGUAGUGGAGGUUGGCGAAGGGUUAUCACCUGCAGAUGACUGCUGCAAGAUGAUUCAGGACUUCGUCUCUCCAGACGUGAAUUACGCCUACCUUCCCGAGGAUAACAAGGCCAUGGCGAUUUACUGGGCGAACAAGUCGUGGAUUCCCUCGGUUUUGCGGUGGGCGAAUCCGCAGGAGAAUCGAAACUCAGCAUUCCGAUAUGCCCUUUUGAUUACGGACGCUGAUUCUGACGAUGAUAUGAUGCUGCCUGUGGCCUUGGACCUCAACACUCAGAAGUAUCGUCGAGAAGGCACCAAAGUGGUGUGGUAUAUGCCUACGGUGCGGGGCGUCAGCAACAUGCCGUCAGUAACACUACGUGAUUAUAUAGUCAAGCAAAGGGCAAUAAUGUCUUUUACUCAAGAGAAGCUGGGUGGAUCGUGUGUUGUAACUCCGUUGAAGGCAGUGUCUCUGUGGGAUCGGGCGGCCCUUCACAAAACCCUCGCAGGAUUUGUGGGAGUCAAUGAUACCCAUUCUCCUGGUUUAUUGCAGCCAUCGUUGAUGAUGGAGCAGUACUUGAGACAUGAUUUCGAAACUUGUAUGGGAGGCAGUCAGAUCCGUACUGAUACCGGGAGUAGCAAUUUCGCUUCGGAGUGUGGACGGUGGUAUUUUCGGUUGCGUAUGUUUGUUGUCGCUUUCGUCCCUACUAUUCGGCUGAAGGGUUGCUGUUCUCGAGAGGCUCUCGUUGGUCGAAUUUGGUCGUUCAUAGCGGACGUUGUUCCAACUAUUGUGAUAAUAUUGAGGCCGUUUUUACUGGUAUCUAUAUUCGUUCGACAACCGGCUCUUAUAGGCGUAUAUUUCGGGAUAUACUUCGUUAUUUUCCAUGGUAUUUCGGUCGCCCUGAUGGCUAUUACACUCCGAAACCGUCGAGAUGUCCGUCGCCAAUGGAAUUGGUUCACUGCAAGUAUCAUAUUCCCCUUCUAUAAAAUAUACCAAUACGUUGUUGAUAUCUACCCUGCUCUUCUUCAUGUGAUGUUUUCAGUCAAUCGCGUACCAGGCGGACGUCAGAGCACGCGAACGGGAGCCUCAAUGCCACUUCCUCCUGCUAAGGAUGUUGACUGGUUCACCGUGUGGAGAGCGAGUUCACAUUCUGCAUCGAGCUUGCCCAAUGCAGAUCCCGAACCCAGCAGCGCACAGAGGAGAAAAUAUAAGAAUCGUCGCAAGAACGAUCAGUAGAUUCAGUCGCUACUACGAGUCUCGUAAUCGAACAAUUGUGUCUGUUAUUCUUGUCUUCAUUGUUCUGCUGGAACCGUUGUUGUAGAGCCUUUGAUAAAAACAACAACACAAACGUACGUAUGAAAGUGAAGAUUUUCGCCUGCUUACUUUCUCUAUUCUGUGUCUAUUAUAUGACAGUAAGUCGGUCUCAGAUGGCAGGCGGCCUGAAGGAAUCGGUUUGGAA